UAGUACGCUCCGGGGUGAGCGGUGAACACAGACAGAGCACAUUACAGAGCCUGGUCGUUAGGAGGUAGUGCCAUCAUCCGCAUCUCAAUAGCCAGCGCGGCUCAACUCAGAGACCCCGGCUGUCCGGAUCACGACCAGCGGCCGCAGCUCUCCACACAGCCCCACUCCGCCCAGCAGCUCCUCCGCGCUCGCCAUGAAACAGACUUUACUCGAACUCAUGAGGAUGAGCAGAAUUUGUCGGAUGGUAUUGGCCACUUGUUUGGGAUCGUUCAUCCUGGUCAUCUUUUAUUUCCAAAGUAUGUUCCAGCCAGUAAUGCGGAGGAACUCAUUCGUGGCGGAGGGGUGCUGUGGGAAAGGAUCCAGAAAUGCCCUAGAGGAGCUUUACAGCCCCACGCAGACGGAGUUCACAGCGGCGGCGCUGCUGCACCAGUCUCGGCGUGAGCGUGUGUCGGAGGUGUGUCGGGCCCAAAGUGCCUCCAGCCGCCAGCGCCGCGUCCUCACGCCCGCCGACCUGCGCCACCUACUGGUGGACGAGACGCAUCGCCUCAUCUACUGCUACGUGCCCAAGGUGGCGUGCACCAACUGGAAGCGUGUCAUGAUGGUGCUGUCGGGCGAGGGCAAGUACACGGACCCCAUGCAGAUCCCGCCCAGCGAGGCACACGUGCCGGCCAACCUGCGGACGCUGAGCCAGUACAGCAUCGGCGAGAUCAACCGCCGCCUCAAGAGCUACCUCAAGUUCCUCUUCGUGCGCGAGCCCUUCGAGCGGCUGGUCUCGGCCUACCGCAACAAGUUCACGCUACGCUACAACACCAGCUUCCACCGGCGCUACGGCACCAAGAUCGUGCGGCGCUACCGGCAGAACGCCACCGAGGAGGCGCUGCGCUCGGGCGCCGACGUCACCUUCCGCGAGUUUGCCGAGUACCUGACGGACCCGGCCACGCAGCGCGAGGGGCCCCUGAACGAGCACUGGCAGACGGUGCACUCGCUCUGCCACCCCUGCCUGAUCCACUACGACCUGGUGGGCAAGUACGAGACUCUGGAGGAGGAUGCCAACACCGUGCUGCAGCUGGCGGGCGUCGGGGGAGGAGGCGCAGGCGCAGGGGCGACCACGGACGGGGACAACAGCCCCCCGGGGGGCGUGCGCUUCCCCACGUACUCCAAGUCCACGCGCACCACCGACCAGAUGGCGGCCAUGUUCUUCCGCAACGUGACGGCGCGGCAGCAGCAGCAGCUUUUCCAGCUCUACAAGAUGGACUUCCUGAUGUUCAACUACUCCACGCCCAGCUACCUGAAACUGGAGUAGAGACAUGGAGACACGGAGACACCCACACAUACUACACAUAUAUCCAGUACAUUCACACAUAGUGUAAACACACAUACACAUACACACAUGCAUUUAAACAUAUACACACACACACACACACACACACAAAUACACAUAUUCACUGACUGCACUCCUACACUCAGUCAAACGCUAAAACACUCAAACAUUACACUCCAAUGAUACACACACACACACACACACACACACACACACACACACACACACACACACACACACACACACACACACACACACACACACACACACACACACACACACACACACACACACGUAAGUGUGAAAACAUUACCAAGCUGGGCUUCCAUUUUGGAAAAUGAAAAGAGAAAAAAAAGUGGGGAUAAGAGAAUGGCGAAACAAAGGGAAAAAUGAAUGGAUGAAAACUUGAUAAACUAUCGUCAUGCAGGGUAAGGGGUUGACUCUUUGGGGAACAAAAAAUGACAUGGGAUAAAAAUGACGGACAAUGGGACAAAAAAGGGUAUGGAGCCUGGGAGGACAAGGACUUUGUGUUUUGAUUGGACCAGCAGGUUGUCAAUCAAGUGGAGAGCAGUGCUCACACGUGAAGAGUAAGAAGCUGAUUGGUCAGUGGGAAGUCAGUGGAAACAUGCCUGCAUAUCAUGCACAUCCACGCACAUUUGUCGAUGUGUAUUUGUGCCAAUGUUUUUCAACAUAAAAUUCUUUUUUUCCCUUUUUUCCUUUUUUUCUGGAAAAACUAUGGAGGUGGUGGAUUAACACCAAUGAAACAUCAGGUGUAUAUCCCUCGAAAAAGAGCUGCUGGCCAAUGAGGAGCGAAAUCAUUCUCCAUUAAAACUUCCAAUCACACUCCAACUGUAAAUUCCCCCGACAUCUUCCAGGUCCUCCUCUUUUUUGAAAGAGAAGGGUGUGACCCGCUCGUGUGAUAAUCAGGCAGGUACCCAUGUGGACGUUGGAACCAGAGGCACAGCUCUGCCUACAGCACCUGCUUCAGCGUCGGACCACAGAAGAAAACAUCUUCAGAAUUCUUGCUGACCUUUUUGGGGGUUUUGUCUGUCUGCUUUUGUGUGUGUGCGUUUCUGUGUGGGUCCGUGUGUGUGUGUGUGUGUGUGUGUGUGUGUGUGUGUGUGUGUGUGUGUGUGUGUGUGUGUGUGUGUGUGUGUGUGUGUGUGUGUGUGUGUGUGUGUGUGUGCGUGUGUGUGUGCGUGUGUGCGUGCGCGCAUGCUUGUGUGUGUUUCAACAAUGCUUUGGCAGUUCCAUUUUUUCAUUUUUGUUUGCCAAGUAGACAAGAAGAAUACAGGAAGUGUUCAUCAAAAUGAAACAAAACAAAACAGGAAGUCACCUUUUUCCAUCUGGUCGUAUGACAGGAAAUGUCUUUAUCAAAAUCUGCUGACAUGACCUGAAAUAAACAUGAUUGACAGGCCCUGGCUCCUCCCAUUGGACUCCAGAGACAGAGAAGAGAAAAGUGGACCUUGAGGUCAAAGGUCAAGAUCCAUGAACCCGAUCAGAACAGAACCCCCUCCCCUGAUGCCAUGACCCUUUUAUUAAAUUAAGGAUUUUUUAUUUUUAUUUUAUGUCUCUCUUUUUUGUUUUCCUUUUUUUGUUUUGUUUUGGUUUUAAUUAUUAUUUUAUUGUCUUAUGCAAAGUUGCUGCGAGCAGCACGAAUAAUGAUAAUGGAAAAAAAAGAUUUAUUUAAAUGACUUUGGUAUGAGGUUAGACACAAGAAGAAAGAAGAGGAAAGGUGGGGUAUUAAUAUUUGUUGUUUAUUAUUAUUGUUAUUAUUUUACGUUUUUUUUUCUCCUGGAAAGCACAGCUCAUUAUUUUUUUUCUUCAUGAGUGUUUUUUUAAAAGAUUGCAUCAUUCAGAAGGAUAAACACCACCAUUGCUGUAUACGGCUACUGAGACUGUGCCGGCUUCGGCCCUGUGCUCAGUGGCUUGCUGAGACGGUGGUUCUGCUUUGUCUCUUGGUGAUGUGGGCUUGUGUGCUGCUGUGCUGUUGUUGUACUGUAUCGUACUGUAUGCUGGUUUUGUGAUGGGAGUUCUGCACAAUACAAUGCUGUGCUGUGCUGUGCUGUGCUGUGCUGUGCGUUUCUGGGGCUUGGUGUUCUGCUACUGACCAUGGUCCAAAUCUACAACGUUCACUUCGGAGCCUUUCAAGUGUCAGUCCCCAGCGCAACAGCAAAAUGCGGCAAAUCACUGUAAAUGUACUACUAAAACGUGCAACAUCCUUUUUCAUUUCCAUAGCGCUGCUGCUCAGUUUCACAUCGUUGGAAAUGUUAAAAGCAGACGGUCUGUGGGAACAGCUACAGCAUGAGGCUAAUAAUAGCUCUUAGCCUGGAAACUGAUCAGUAGCCAGGAAUAAUAAUACAAAUGUGUGGAUGAGCCCAGCAAAACAUCAUGGCGUCCCAGCUCCAAAAACACAUACGUAUAAACGAUGUGACGUGUGCCAUGUACAUUACUAGCCUGACUGUCAUCGACUAUCAAAUCUCUUCGAGACUUGGUCUGACCAAGAGCAUAGCAAUUAACAUUUCCCAAACGUCAUCUCCCAUGCGACCUCCCUUUGUUUGUUAAUCAUUGUUUGCUUCCCAACAAAGUGGGAGGAGUUCCCGAUUUUGCGGGAGCUCAGAAAGUGCUUGCUCUUGACCUGACUGGUAGCAACGCUGAAGCUGUUACGUUACUAGGAGGGCACGGCCUGGCUAGUACAUUACGCCCCUUUUUGGGGGAAAACAUUGGGGGAUAAGCCAAUGCAAGUCAAUUGGUGGUGUUGAGAAGGAAUAAGCGAGAGACAAGGACCUGUAGACGAGUGUUGUUCAUGCUCAACAUUCCAAAAACGUGUUGUAUUGUCGGCUGCUCAAAUAAUAUACCCAAACAGCCAUGGCUGAAGCAUGGACAGUGUUAAUUUAGGCUAGCCAAUGGUACAUGUAAGUUAAUGAGACAUUCGGUUUGUUUUUCCCCAAAAAGGGGUGAACCGCUCGUUCACGAACAAAGUACCCGGAUGACCGUUUAUACGUAUACCUUGUUCAUUAUUCAUAAAUCAAUCUAUCAAACGAGGGGAGCCUUCGAAUAGGAGGGGACUGAUUGACCAGUGACCAGGUGCUCAACCCACUUGUGGCUAUGUCUAGUGCUAAAUAAGUGAAUGGGGGAACAUAUUGAGCAGCAAUACCGUAAGAGCCAUUGCUUUAGCACCAUGUUCGCUCCUUGGAAGUGGUAUGUACGAAUUGGACCAGGGAAAAAUAACAGUUAAUCUGUCUUGAAAUGGUCUUUGUGGAGUGGAGCUAUGUAGUCAACGAAACUGAGUAACUCACGCGCUUAACUGUAUGUAGAGCACUGUUGUAUGUAGGGUCAGAGUGGAUGUUUUAAAGAGGGCCCAAGAAUUCCAGACACUUCUGACUUGCCCACGCAGGGUUUCUCGGGGUCUCUCUGCGCUACGCUGCAUGUACGCUGGGUUCACUGACAGUGCGUCUGCUGCCUUUCCUCUCCAGUGCUGGUAAACAGUGUGGGAGUGAGAGCCUUGGAAUAUAUAUCACUCCAGACAUAUCUACAUCAACAGCAUAUAGUGCUUUCACAUAGGCAUGCACUCUCUCACCCUCCUGUUUCUCACUCUCUUCAUUCUUAUUUUCCUUUUUCUCACCCUCACCCUGUUUAUUUUUCUCAAAUAGAGAAACACAGACACACAGACACGCAUACACACACCUGCUCGUUGGUACCCUUUGUUCCACAGAAAGAGCAGCCCAUCACACAUGCUGGACACGCACAUUCGAAGGCACACAAACAUCCAUCCAAUUAAUGUCUCUCUUUCAACUGGAGGUUACA